UUCUACAGCCAAUAAACAUCAUACGGAAUAUCAAUUACACUCAUAAAUCUAGUUUUUGAUGGGCUUUAACCUGGUAUAAAUACUUUCUGAUAUUAUCUGUCCUUUAGGUCGUGUAAGGGGGGAGAAAAAGGUUAUGUAACACCCUGUAUAUGUAACAGAUAGGAAAUUUUCUCAAUCUCUUGUUUGAUUGCAUUUGUCUUUUUUUUAGUAUCGAUUUUCAAUAUUCAAUGGAUCAAAAUUAAUAUGUAAAUGUGACGAAAAUGAAGGAACAAUCAAGUUAAAUGAAUUAAAACAUAUAAUAAAUACGGUUUGGUUAGGUAUACAAGUGUCAAUGCCACUUAAUCCACGUAAAACAAAAAAAUCAUUAUUUCCAGAAAAACCAAUUAGAAUUAAUUAA